AUGUCGUGCUGUCCCUUAAACGCUUGUUAUCUUGCUGUGGCAGUCUUGUCAGCUGUGCAGUGCCCACUACUCAAAACUGUCGGCUCUCCUUUACUUGACGGGCUUUCCAGCGGUGUUUGCGCUCUACUUGGAGGCUCUGGUGCCGUCGCAAAUGCUUGCAACUGCCUCACUGCCGCUAAUGCUCCGGGGGCUUGCAGUUCUGGAUGUACAGAUUCACGCGGAAUUGGUCCAGGAUACGCACUCUACACCCCAUUAUCGAGCAUUCUUGGAGGCGUAGCAAAGCUUGCAGGAGAAUCGGUGUGUCCAGGAACCACUGGAUAUUAUUGUCCCACGGGCCAAACUUGUAUGACAAGGACCGGAUCUGCACCUUAUUGUUGCAACGAUAGUACGGAUUGCUACAAUUCGCUUGGAAAAUGCGCAGAUACCUCAUGGCAACAAUACAGGGUCACAAUUGGUGCUAGUACUAGCAAUUUUUGCUGCGGAAACGGAACAAUUGGUGUGUACCAAAGCUCGGGUCAAAAUAGUGUCGGGAUCUGUGCAACGGCUCGACCUGCAUUUCACACCACUAUCAGUGCCAUCUCAUCUGGAAGCUGUUCUUAUAGCACCUCCAGUACUGUUCUCUCGAUUACUCUCUCUUCAAGUACCAGUACAAGAUCGAGUUCCUCCAGUUCGCAAACAUCGAGUCUUGUAGGAGACACGCCAAUAACUACGAUGAGAUCUACGACGACAGCAACUUCUACCUCAGCCUCAAUACCGACAUCUUCUGGAUCUAGUUCAACUCUGGUACCAGACUCUCCAAUAACUUUCACCAGAUCCAAAUCUACUUCUACCUCUCUUUCAGUACUCGAGUCUCCUAGCUCCAGUCCGAUAACUCAAUCGUUUACCUCGCCGAUAUCAUCCGUGUCCUCUAGCGCUUCGAUAUCGAAUCCGACGUCGACGACGCAAAUAAUUCCAUUGGCAACCACUUCCUUAUCGAUUUCUUCAUCCAGUAUUUCGUCGAGUGUGAUUUCGACUUCGAUUUCGGUUUCUAACGAGCCGUCUUCCAGCUCAUUAACUUCUCCUGCAACUCCAACUUCCGCAUCCAUUGUCGACCAAACUUCCUCUUCUGUCUCAAAAUCUACUACUUCAACAGCAUCUUCCUUGUCCUCCAUAAACUCAUUAGAUAUUUCACAAUCUCAACCGCAAUCUCAAUCCCAAUCCCAAUCUUCAAGCGUUGAUUCUACCUCCUCCUCUUCGCAAAUUUCUUCCAGUAUAAGCAACUCCAUACCUUCAACCUUCAUCGGGCCAGUUACAACUCAAUCCUCGGCAUUGAAUGGAGUAGAAUCGACUAAUAGCAUGUCUACUUCUACACCGGCGGAAUUCCCUGUGAAACCAUGUGAUGCUAGUUUGUGUUUAUUUCGUCGAGUUAUUCCUACUUCGCGCGAUCUUUGA